GAUCGUAGCAGCAUUCUUGCCGCUGCGGAGUGUCGUCAGCUUAGUCGUCGGGACAAGGUCGCAAAGUGAGGGAAAUUCGGGAGAAGAAGAUAUGACGACCAGAUACUCGUCGCGCGCCAUGCCUCUGGGUGGAGAAGAGAAUCUUCAAGCCCCGUGGCAAGAUGCGCCCGGUGCGUUGAAGGGUGCGACGGGAGAUGUUGAAGGUCGACAGGAUGGCAACAAGAGUCGGAAAAAAGAAGAUAAAGUGCAGUUUCUGACAGUAUUCAUUUGGGAUGAGCGAUAUGCAUCAUCAUAAAGGCUCGAGAAGCAUCACACCGUUUGCAAUGGCACCACGCAAGCAACCCAAGAGUUGCUGGUUUGCCCUUGUUUGGAUUCUCAGCGGGGCACCUCAGCCAAGCCUGUCACAUCGCGAAGACCGCGCGGCGUCACCUGACUGGGCACAUGAGGGCCCAACCUGUGGUCCACUUCCUUUUUGAGAGCUGUGGUGGGGUCUAUUCUGGUCUGUGCACACAAGCCCACAGACCCCGGCACCCACCAAAUCACUCCAAAACUGAUCGAAAUUCAAGACUCUUGAAAUUUUGCCAGUCCUGCCCUCUCCGACACCGCAAAGCAAACCCAAACCCGUCUUUUCGCAGCACUCAUCACCAAGUCGCAGCCAUGGAGAACGACAAGGGAGAGAUCGUCGAUCUUUACGUCCCCCGCAAGUGCUCUGCGACGGGCCGCAUCAUCAAGGCCAAGGACCACGGUUCUUGCCAGAUCACCAUCGCCAAGGUCGACGAGAACGGCCGGGCCAUCCAGGGCGAGAACGUCAUCUAUGCUCUCUCCGGUUUCGUUCGCGCCAUGGGCGAGAGCGACGAUGCUCUGAACAGACUUGCUCAGCGUGACGGUCUCCUCAAGAACGUCUGGUCUGCCCAGAGAUAA